AUGCACAAAGGAAAUAUUGAAACUAUACAUAUACACAUAAAGAACUAUAAAAUAAUAUCUGAUAAUUUAGGAGGAAUGAACAGUGAAAACAAUUAUAGAAAAAUUAAUUGUACAAACUUUGAGAAACGUCAUUUUACAAAAGAAUACGGUAAACCAACUGUUGUAUACGCAAAUACUGCGAAAAAGAAAAAGAAUAAUAGUCAAAGUUUAGAAAUAGACAAAUACAUAAUAGACGACAGUCACACUGAAUCUAGUAAAAUAAUUAAUACAACUACUUCCAAAGAAAAUACAGAUAAUAAAACAAUUUCACCAAAUUCAUAUAUUGAAAGUUACACUUUAUUUAAUGAAGUUCUAAACAUUCUUAGAAACAAAAAGAAUAAAGUCGAUGUACGUAAGAAUAAAGAUGCCGGAACGAACACCGAUUUUAAAAUAAAACCAAUAUUGGUUGCAAGUAAAAUCUUCAGUUACUCAAUCGAAGGCAGCAGCAAUAAAGAUUUUACAGUAAUAAACAGUUGCCAGCCUAAAAAUAAAACAGAAUGCGCCAUAAAUCUGCUGAAACACAAAUCAUCUUCGAUACCGCAAAUGAAAAUAGAAGAAAUAAAACAAAAUUUGAAAGAAAAUGCGAAAUCUAGAGAUUCCAUAGAGGAAGUUAAUCGGAUGUUCGCCAGAGUUAGAAAUAGUGAUUACAAAGACGAAAACGAAUUUGGAGUUAACAGGCCAAUAACAAGAAAGGGACCCAGAGUAUUGCCAGUUGUCAAAACAAACUACCAAAACAGCCCGGAUCACUGUAAAUGUUGCCAGACCAAGCAUUGCAUGUCCAGUGGUGAUUCCAUAAAACGUGGCAGAGACGAGAAAUGCGUUUACAUGAUGUGCUGUCAUUAUGAUAACAGCAGACAUACCCAAACCGGAGUAUUGUUUUGCGAGAGAUGCCGCUUUGUAAAUUCUAAAUGCAAAUUGGAGAAUUGCCAGAGCAGUAAUAAUUAUAACUAA